UUCUUCGAGCCUAGGCUCAAGUACAAGAAUGGAACCAAGGUCCUCGACGACUCCAAUCAUCCCUGGGAUAAGAGCGCUUACAUGGCACCGACGAAGGUCAAACGGCCCAAAAGAGAGGCGCGUGACAACGGUGGUAGCGCCAACCAUGACCCCUCUCACCUCAUCAUCUCAAACCAGAACGCCAACGCCAGCGAGAUCUGCAAUUCCGAGACAUCUUACGGCUGGGAUAUCGUUUCGACCAGGCAAAACGUCUUUUGCGAUAUGGAGCACAAGCAGCUGUACCCCCUCUGCACGGAUUCGGUCACUACCAGGUGCUUUCACCUUGACGAGGAGACCCUUGUUGGCGAACCGGGCCUGAAUCUGCGCGACGAGGAGGCGCAGAAGCUGAGAUAUGGGAGUUCUUACAACACCACAAAUGUCUGGAAGGCAUAG